ACGUUAUUCAUAAAUUAAUUCUCAUUUUUGCUUCUUCUUGUUCGUCUUCCACCAGCUCUCAUCUCUCAUCUCUCUAAUCGAAUUGAACUUUUGCGCCAGAGAGAGGGAAGAAAAUGGUGUCUGGAUUAAUCAACGAGAACCCAAUCGUUUACGAGAGAAAGGAGCGUCGUGAUGUUCGUACUGAUUCGAGCAAUACAAAUGAGCUAUCAGUAGAUACAAUCGAUCAGCUCGAAGUUUUCGAUCAUAUAAGAGAUAUAAAAGAUCCAGAGCAUCCUUACUCUCUGGAACAACUCAAAGUCCUUACAGAAGAUUCUGUUGAAGUUGAUGAUAGCAAGAGUCAUGUUAGGGUUACAUUCACUCCAACUGUGGAACAUUGUAGCAUGGCAACCAUUAUUGGUCUUUGUGUCCGCGUGAAGCUUAUGCGUAGCCUUCCUUCUCGUUACAAGAUUGAUAUAAGGGUAGCGCCCGGUACUCAUGCAACUGAGGCUGCAGUCAAUAAACAACUAAACGACAAAGAGCGUGUGGCGGCUGCACUAGAGAAUCCAAACCUUGUGGAGAUGGUCGAUGAGUGUCUCUCUCCAUCAUUUGAAUGAUGCCUUUGAUGCUCUCAGUGUACACUAUCUUAUAUGUCUCUGCUUUGUCUAGCAAAGAUUUUGAUGCACUAGGACUUACUUUGUGUUUAGUUUUGUGUUAUAAUCCUGUUAAAGACUGAGAAUAUAUCCACAGAAGACGAGUUAUUGAUUUCAUCCUCUAAAGCUACAUCUCAAAAAGGAUUAUUUCAAAUACUCGACGUCUCCUGUUCUCUUAUUGUUCCGUUUGUAGUCUAUCUUAAGUCACAUUCCUUGUCACUACUGAACUUGUUAGUUGUUACACAUAUUUGUUCUUUCACACAUUUGUUCCAUUUGUUGCCAUCUUGUUAUGUUAUAACUCGGAUUUAUAUCAACU